AUGACGCAGAGAAGAAGAAAGGAAAAUACCUUGGGGCCGGAUAACCUUGAAGAUACGGCCCAAUUGAGUAAGGAUCGAGUUCGACAAGCCUGGUUAGGGAAUAUGGACCCAAAUUUGAGACGCCAACAACUCACGAAUCAAGGAUAUUUGGGGGAAGUUUCAUCCACUCUGGGUCUCUAUCAUGGAAUGAAGGAGACGGAUAAUCCCGAUUUGGGAAACCAAUGGCGUCUGCUUAUGUUCUUCAGCCGCUUCUCUCAGAUCUCCCUUGUGUUGGCAACGCAGAAUGUCCCGUAGAAGUCGUCGUACCAUG